AUGUCGUUUUGUUGCAGUUACUCUUUUGUUUCUUCUGCCGUGUCUUCCUCCGCGCGAAUGAAGACGACGUCGAGAGGAGGAGGAGAACAACAACAACAUCAAAAGAGGCUGAUGAUGAUGAAGCUGAUGAGCAAGAAAAUGGGAAGGACACGUCGCUUAAAUUGCGCGAUGAUGAUGAGUGCAUCGAAACGAGACAGAACGACGACGAAUAAAAGGAGAGGAGACAGAGGAAGGCGCGCACUCCUCGCGCCAGUGUCGGCGAUUUUAGACAACGAGAAUAGCAGUACUAGUUUUAACAACGCGACGAGCAGCGGCAGCGGGGAGAACAACAACAAAGGCGGGACGACUGAAAAACGAAGGCGGAAAAGCAGACAAAAGAUUACGAACAACCCUUCGAUCAACGCGUUUCAACAAUUUUUCGACGUGGAUGCGAACAUCAUAACCACGGAAGAAGAGGACGACGAGGACGACGAGUUUGAAAAGACACAGUUGGAGAUAUGGGGACAACUGACGAAGAGUUUAGGGAAGGUUUUGAUGUUUACGUUUGGCGUUCCGUAUUUCGCGAGUUGUUCCUUGCAGGCGAUGUUUGUGGAUCCGUGGUUGGAGUUGAAGGUAUCGAAGCAUUCGAGCAGUGGUGCGAGUAUGAGCGGGUCGUAUUCGUCUUCGUCGCUGACGAAGACGCAGACGGAGUCGGUGUGUAACGACAUCGCUCGGUUCGAGAAGCGUUUGUAUUACGAAAAUUUGGCGCAGUUUCCAGACGAACAAGACGCCGCAAAGUUUGAGAAGACGAAGAGGAAGUUAGUGGCGGAGGAGAUGAAACGGUUGGAGAUGAAAGAGAGAACGAGGUCGACGAAAGCGCUUGGUAAUUGGAUCGGGAGUAUGAUGUACGUGAGCAUUUUGGCGUGCGUUUUAGUCUAUCAGAAGGAGUUUGUGUCGAAAAUGUUGACCGAGUUGAGCGCGCAGUUCAACGGAUUGGAUUCGGCGACUCAGGCGUUUGCGUUGAUGCUCGGGGCGGAUAUGGUGGUCGGGUAUCACUCGAGUGACGGGUGGCAAGCAUUUUUGGCUUUUAUGAUUACUCGAUACGGAGGGGAUUAUCAUAAGUUUGAGACGUUUGCGAGAAUGUUUGUGGCAACCGUACCGGUGUUUUUGGACGUGUGUUUCAAGUAUUGGGUGUUUAACAAGUUGAGGAAAAUCUCGCCGAGUACGCAAAUCAUUCUGAGCGAGAUUGAAAGGCAUUGA